AGCUGAAAUGUUAUUGCCUGUGCAGCUGCAAUCAAAGCAUCCAAGAGAACUAGUUCCGAAUCGCGUCCUUUUCACGCCUGUAUUUUUGUUUUUUUAAAGUGCAUCGUCGGUGUUUAGUUGCCGAGACAUCCGCAAAAGGCGCAAGGCAUUCUGGGAGUCAAUCUUCCAGCAAUAUUUCCUCAUAAUCUUGCAAAAAAUGUUGUCAAAAGUGCUCGUGAAUUCGGUUUUAUCGUGGCGAUUAUUACUCAAGUGAAAGCUGUUAUUUGGUUAAGAUAACAUUCUGCUCUUUCUUACUUAUCUCCUUCAAAUUUACCAGUGAAACUACACGGAUUAGUGAUACCAGGUGUUACUACUUUGCCAGUGUGUUGACAUCCUUGAAUCCUAGUUAAUCAAGUCGGUUUAAUCGGUGCAAUAAAGUGAUUAUGGAAAAGAUUUAUCCACGGUUUUAGUUGGUAUAGUGCGAAAACUUCAAGGUCGUGUUUUUAUCAAUUUUAUGUGAUGUUGGAGCAGUUGGUUGAAGGAACAUACAACUAUUUAUAUGAAUUAUUUACGUCAUGCAGAAAGUGCAGCUGCAGCGAGGUGUAGUGGGGGAUUGGAAGCGACGACGGUCACCUCUGUCUCACAGUGAUGGUUGUUAUGUUGGAGGAGGUGGCACGUGCACAACUAGCAGUCUGCCAGGUGGUAGGAGGUCGUCGUCGCUGCAGAGCACCAGGAGUUCACAGGCAGGAAGAUGGCUGGCAAGUCUGAACCUGGUCCCUCAGCAGCACAACCGGUGUUAGUCUACGUAUCAGGAGAAAAUGGCUACCAUGACCACAAUAGAGGAACUGUUACGAACUAUGUACCAGGAGCAGGCAGCGGAGGAGGCUUCCAGGAUGGCAGCUUCCAUGGAGGAGGUGGAGGAGGAGGAGGAGGAGCCAAGAUGGAGCAGGAGGUGUUGGCGGAUGGUAGUGAACGAGCUGGAAAUUUGGGUUAUGAUUGUCAGCCUGUGGUGGAACGGGGUAUCGUUUAUUCUGAAAGGACUGCUUCUUCCACCAUGGCGUCGGCUCUGGCGCCGGCAAAUAAUGCCACGUUGGCGACGCCUCCGUGCACAGUAAUGGCUCCUGGUAUGAAUGCCACAAUGGCUCCUGGUAGCGGAUCAGUUAUGGCACCUGGUAUAAAUGCAGCUAUGGCUCAUGGUAGCAGUUCUGCUAUGCCUCCAGGUAGCAAUUCAGUAAUGGCUCCUGGUAGCAACACAACUAUGGGGCCUGGUAGUGUAGGAGGAGGUAACAUGAAAGCAAUGACAACAUUCUAUGGAUUCCAAAAUGUUGUAUCAGCAGCAGCAGCAGCACCUCCUCCUCCACUAUCAGCUCCUGCCAACUACCAGGCGGCAGCAACCAGCCAUCGGGGUGUGCCAUUUAUGCUGAAACAGCAGAAUCGUGAUGAUUUUGGUCCUGGACCGAAUAAUGGUGGUUUUCUAGGUGUGAUACCAAACGGUGGCAGUGAAAUGGUGCGUUGUGAUUCAGUGCGGUCAGAGUCGAGUUGUAGUAGUAUGAGCAGCUCUUCGGAGGCUGUGCAGUCCUUCAAUGAAAUGUCAAUGAAUGGUGGCAGUAUGUCGGUCAAUGGAGGCCAUGUAAUGGUUAAUGGUGGUAGUGUGGCGCGUAGUGCGGUGGUGAACCCUGGUACUAGUGAUGCAGUCAACUGCAUGCAGCCCAAUCCCAAUGUGAGCGUGCCCACUGGAUGGAAGCGGUUACUCAGCAAUGGUGUCAUCAUCUAUGUCAGCCCGAGCAACACGGCACUGCGCUCUCUGGAGCAGGUGAAAACCUACCUGCAGACGCAGGGCACGUGUAAAUGCGGUCUGGAGUGUCCGCUCAACUGCGAUAUUGUAUUCAACUUCGAUCCAAAGGUUGCAAGUAAACCAUGGAGCGCUGGGGCGCCUCCGAACCACCUGACGGGACUCUGCAAUCACAAGCGGAAAGCGAUCGCCCAGUAUCACGACAUCAAGAAGCUGGAAUCGGCAGUGCGGAGGAAGAAGAGGAAGACAGGGGUGGUGGGAGCAGGACUGGGAGGGGGCAUGCCCCAAUAUGGCGGAGGGGCGUCGGUGUCGCAGAUACUUGCUCAGAGAGAGAGGGAGCAACGCAAUUCCAAAGAGGGAGAACAGCAGCAACAUGCUUGGAACGAUGGCACACCAAUGCCGGCUGGCUCUUCACCUGUCAUCAUCCAGAACAACAUGAUCGUGAACCCUGCCAACGGAAGGGUGCAAUACCCACCUGGGUACCACGAGCAUGGCAGCAAUGCGAUGACGUCAUCACAGCCCCAGCCACAACCUCCUACAUCACAACAACAGUAUUUCCGCUUCAAUCCGGCCAGUCAACAAACCCACAACUCAGCGCUAGUUGACAAUGAUGUAAUGUGCAACCCCAAUCAGAACCCUAACGAAUUUUCUGGUGCAUCAAAUGCCUUCAACCAUCCACCGAAUGUGGCUAUGACGCCAAUGGAUGGCUGUGAACCAGGGAAUUCUCCCCUAAUGUUGCAAGAUGGCUGUGCCACAAAUGGGACACCACAAAGUGGUGUUAUGGUGGGGCACAAUAGUCAACAGCAUGGACAGAAUUUUAUGCCAAUGCAACAAAACAAUGUGCAAAGGUUGGAUGGUAGUGGUAACAGUAUGCAGCAAAAUUGUGUUCAAGUGGCAAAGCCACAUGUGAUGCAGCAACAGCCACAACAGCAACAACAACAACAACAGGUGUUCAUGCCAAACCAGGAAAGUAUGCACGUGAUGAAUCAUCAAAUGAUACAACAUCACCAGCAGAUGCAACAUAGUCAGCAGCUACAACAACAUCACCCACAUCAUCAAGUCUCACAACAGCAGCAGCUGCAGCAGGUGCAACAACAGCAACAGCAUAAUCAAAAUCAACAACAGAUGCAGUUGCAGCAGGUGCAACAACAGCAACAGCAAAUGCAGUUGCAACAAAUUCAUCAGAAUCAUCAACAGCAGCAGAUUCAGAAUCAGCAUCACCAGCAGCAACAGCAGUUUCAACAACAACAGCAGCAGCAGCAGCAGCAUCAAAUGCAGCAACAGAAUCAGUAUCAAACCAAUCAUCACUCUGCAACAGUUCCUAUCCAGCACAAUAGUGCUAUUCCUACACAUAUCAUUAAUAAUUCUGCAUCUUCCUCAUCUCCCAGGCCUAGUAAUCCGCAUGUAGUUUGUCAGACUGGGCAAAGUAUGUCUGUUCCACAUCAGAAUGUUGUUGACCCAAGCAGGAUGAACCAACAGUUUCAUGCUCAAAAUCAACAACAUCAUAUUAGACAGCAGUUGGCACAACAUCAUGUGCAACUUGAUCAAGGAAAAGUUGAGCAACACGUUCAUGUAGUUGAUGGUAACAAAAUGAAUUGCAACCAGCAAGCAUCAAAAACGAAUAUUGGUGGUACACAAGUACUACUCACCUCUGGAUUGAAUAAUAGAGGUAUUGUCUGUGAUAAUAAUUACUCAUCAAUGCAGCAGGCUGCAAACCAAAAUGAGAUGAUGCAACAUCAGCAAUCUUCUGCACCAACAGCUAUGAUCCUGCAAACAUCACAAGGUCAGGUUAUGAUACCAACUGCACAAGCCAUGGCAUCUGGCAUGCUGGUACAAAGUCAGCCAGCCAACCAGAAUGCCAGUAAUCAGAAUAAUCAAGUACAUAUUGGACAAAGUCCAGCAGUGGUUAUGCAAGGUGGUGGUCAUGGCAGUCAAGGACAGGCCACCAUGGUGUUGCAUCACCACAAUCCCCAACAAGGUCUGCAGGUUCAGACAGUGGUUGGAGGUCAGCAACAUCACAUGCCUGUAAAUCAUCAACAACAUCAUGUUGUGCCUUCAAGUGGCAGCAAUGUUAUGCCUGCUGGUACAGGUGUAAGCAAACAACAGCAUCAACAACAUUGGCAUCAGAAUAAACAACAGGUGCAGAUACAAAAUCAACAGAUAGGUCAGCAUGUGAUGGUUAGUAAUCAACAGGGACAACAACAACAACAACAUCAGCAGCAACAAAAUAUCAUACAACAACAUCCUAAUAAUCCAUAUGAAAGGGUUCCUCCUCUGCAUCACCUCCAACAACACCAGCAGACUCCAGUUUGGCAGCAACAUUCAGUUGAAGAUAAUACAAAGAAAAAGCAUAGUAAGGUGCAGAAUAGAACUAACCUUGUAAAAAAACAGAGACCAUCACCCUACAGUCAUGAUAGUAGUCAUCAUGGUAGUGGAAACAGUGAACCCUGUCCAAAUGUUGAUGUAAGAAACCUGCAUAAUGAUCAGAAAAACAAUAGUCAGCCAAUAAUUUUCAAUAAUGUUCCUUCAUUCAUGGAAGACCCGAGUGGCUAUUUGGCUCAACAGACAGCAUUGUUGAACAGUACCAUCUCAAGACAAACAGGAGCACACAGCUCCAACAUGAUGUGUCACAGUCCUUGUGGUGGCAAUCAGAGCCAAAACUCUCCUGAUCAUAUGUUAGUCAAUGUACCCACCAGUGCCUGUUCGCCUCUUAGUAACCAAGGAGUUCCUGUACCCAGUAAUGUGAUGCAUAAGAAUCAACAGGCUGUCAGGAAUAGUCAGAUGAUGAAUACAGUGAAAGUGUACAGGAGUAAUUCAGUAUCAUCAACUGGGAGUAUGUCUUAUCAGAGCCAAUCACAGCCUGGAACUCCUGAUAGUAGUGAUGUGUCUAGUGAGAAAUCCCAACCUCAACAGAAUAGGAAUGAUGGAAAUAACCUGCAAGGUACUGUUCAUAUAAUACAUAAACAAAUGGAUGAUAGUCCAGUUACAUCAUCAACAUUCAUUGACCAACGUGGACAUCACAAUUCAAAUCCAUUGUCUGACUCUAGAGGUCCCAUUCAAGGAGGUACAGUCAGCACAAGUAACAGAUCACCUGUUGAAGGCGUACACAGGGUACAACCACCUGAUAUAUCAUCACCCAGUGAACGUGGAACCCCCACUUCAUCAACACAGAUCUGCCGCAGUUCACCUGAAUCACCUACCACUCAGAAUAUUCUGGUUUCAGUUUCAUCUCCUUUUGUAAAUCAUUCUGCAAGUCCUAUAAUUUUGACAUCUCAUCCUAACGUUGUGAUUAGUAGAGCCAGUGAGCCUAGACACCAUCAACAGCCUCAGCAGUUGAGUAUCAACAUACAGGUGCAAGAUGUGGCUGGACAUAGGAUACCAGCAAUUGUUACGACUAUGGCAAGUGGGCAUACAGUCAGUAGUAACACUAUUACAUCUGUUUUAGCAGGUAGAGCUAAUACAGCUACAGUAUCAGUGAACAAUCCCAGUACUCAGCCUUCUCAGACAGCUACUCCUCCAGUAUUAACCAAUCAGGUGGCAGCUCAAAACCAGGUGGCUAAGUCUCCCUUAGAAAUGGUGCAAAGUGUGGUCAGUAGUAUUCAAGUGCCCAAUGUGUCAACUGCUCAUACAGAAACAGCUGUUCUAAAACAAGCUACUGGCCAUAAUUUACCUCCUGGACAUAUUCUUGUUUCAAGUAAUGGGCAGUUGUUGGUUGCAAACACCAAUGGUGGACCACCAGCAAUUUUGUCACCUCAGCAGAAUAUUGCUAAAAUUGGAGGAAACUCACCAAUGCCUCCCAUGAGUGGUAAUUCAAUUGUUACAAAUGUUACUGGUGCUGUCACCCAGAUGAUACCAGCUGUAGGUGUUACACAACAAGUUCUGGGACAACCAACAGUUCUUGUGAAUGCACUUCCAGCUCCACUACUGUUCCAGCCCAGUGUUAUGACUGUUGAUGGCACCAUGAAUGCUGUACAGAUCCCUCAUCUGGCUGUGGCAACCAACAACACAAUGCUGCAACAUGGACAGAUGUUAGAUGAGGCCAGGGUGCAACAAAAUGGUGCAUUUUCACCCAGAACACAGCAGGCUCUGUUGUCUCCAGAUAGUGCGAAUGGUAAGCGGAAGGCAAACCUCAAGAAACGCAAAGUAUCCCCUCAAACUGUUGCAAAUAUGUUGCACAUUGCUGCACAACAAACCUCACCAACAGCUGGAGCAACAGGAAUGGUUGUACAACAGCCACAACCGCAACAGAGCUUCCAAAGCUCUGCUCCAAUGCUUCAAGCACUCACAAUUUUACCCAGUAAAUCUGGACAUCUUGGUGGAACCCAACAGCUAAUUGCCACUACAAACGUUCUCCAGCCUUUGAAUUUUGUACAAAAUUUUCCAACAAUUCAACAGUUCAUUGUGCCCGCUGGUUUGGGUGGUAUGGUGAUGGCUACUGGGGAUGGCACAGCCACACUGUUGCAGCCAGAGGCAGUGCAGCUGAAUGUGCUGACACAAGUACCAGUGCAGGGUCCCACUGGCACUGUGUUCAGUCAUGCUGGUGGACAGAGUAUUCUGACAGGACCAGCAGGGAUGGUCAUCAGGACACCCAAUGCCAAUCAAAAUGCACCCAAGGUACAGCAUGUUGGACAAGGUGGUCAACAGUUUAUCGCCAACUCUCCCAACCAGUUUUUGAUGCAAUCAAGUCCUGCAGCAACAUUUAGUGGACAAUUGAGUCCUAUGCUGAAUGUCAGUCCCACCAGUCAGCCAAUACACACUUUCAAUACAACUGGGAACGUUCAGCGCAACCAAACCAGGCAACCACAGGAGUUCAUACAGUGUGGUCAAACGUUGAUGGUUCCUUGUUCUAUUCCCCAGGCAUCCCCAGCACCACAGAACACCACAGUCGUCCAACAGAACACCACCAUUGUUCAACAGCAAACCACUAUGGUGUCCAACAAUCAGGGAUGUGACCAGAAUCAAGGAGCUUCUGCCAAUUCCUCUUCAUCGUCUUCCUCAUCUAGUUUGAGUCUCAAUCACCAUAAUUUCAUUUUGAACAAUGCGGAUGGCAAACAGGGAAAUUUUAUCAUCACUACUGACAAACAGAACCAGGGAAAUUUUAUUCUGAGCCCCAACCCUGACAACAAAGGGACACAUAUAAUUUUGAAUAAUAUCAGUCCCAAUCAUGAUAAGCAGCAGACUCAACAGUGUAGUGGGUUUCUGAUUAGUCAGUCAACAGAUAAGAACGGACAGAUUUGUGAUAAUUUUAUCUUGACUAACUCAAGUUUGACAGGAGAUAAAGGUGGGGGUAGCUUUGUGUUAAGCACCCAGCAAACAAUGGGGAGUUCUGUGCAGGGGGAUAAAUUGUCAAAGUUUGCUAAACAUUCAGUUUCUACACAGACCGCGGCCAAUCAACAACAACAGCAACAGUUGCAGCAGCAGCAGCAGCAGCAGCAACAACAACAACAGCAACAACAGGUGGGUGGUGUUGUUCCGCAACCGGUGGCACUGAUUGUGGCGACAAGUAACACGUUUUCGCAGACGACAGCGUCGUACAGCGGGAGUCCUCCGGAUACGACCACUCAUAGUCCGGUGAGUGGAGGAGGGUCGUCUUCACAGAGUCCCGGAUUUCAGCUUCACGGAACGGAACUGCCGUCAAGUUCGAUGUGCAGUGCUGCGGACGAGAGUGGAGUGUCGUCGCCGACGUCGACCAGUGACGUGCGGGCGAGGCAGCAGCCGAUGGUGCAGUGUGUGUCGAGCAGCAACGAACAGGACUCGCCGCCGGCGCACGAGUGGCAAGGCAACGACACGUCCACCCCUGUCAUCACCGGAACCAGUGGCCGAGGAGGGAGUGGAAGCAUGAAAACAGUGUCAGUUAGUUCGUGUGUGGAGUCGAGUACAGUGCAACAGUAUGAGGAGGAACGUCUGCUCAAGAAUUCUGCUGAUGAAUCACUAUCACAUCAGGUGUACCAAUAUCAUGGCAUGAAUCGGGUACCAAAGCGCAAACAUUCGCAGAUUUGUUCUGACAAUGAGGCUAGGAUACACACAUCAACCUUAUCUCCUGAAGAUGACGAUGAUGACAGCGGAAGCCAGGCGUCGGAGGACUCGACCGGGGACGGCUCGUCGGAUUGUGGCGCGGUGGGCGCAGGCGCCCUGGUGUGGGGCGCCGCCCGAGGUUUUCCCUCGUGGCCGGGUAAGCUGGUGGGGCCUGCGCCCACUGUGGGCCGCGUGUGGGUCAGGUGGUUCGGCAACCAGGGCCAGCUCAGUGAGGUGGAACCCCAUCGGCUCAAGACUCUGUCGCAGGGUUUGGAGGCGCAUCACAGGGCCCGAAGGAAGUUUCGCAAAAGCCGUAAGCUGAACAGCCAGCUGGAGAACGCAAUUCAGGAGGCGAUGGUCGAAUUGGACCGAAUGAGUGAAACGCCACAACAGGGUCCGCCAAGGCCUCCUCAAUCGCAGCUCUGCAAGGGCACAACAGUUCACCAGACGGCCGCUGCUAGCGCUAGUAGCAGCAGCAGUAGUCGAUUGCGGAGAACUCAUCACCGCUAGAACAACAUCCAUCUUCUGCACUACAAAUUAAAUUAUUACAUCAAGGAAAAGUUGAUAAUUUUGUGGACUAAAUUCGAUCCGAGAAGGAAAGGAAGAUUAAUAUCUACGUGGACUAUGAAUCAAGUGAAACUAAACCAUAAUUAUUUUCGUGCACUUCUGAAUCUCUAAUUAAAGGUAAAGCUUGGUCAGAAUUAGUCAUGAGCACUAAUGAUUCCAUUCUUGAGAAAUGCUUUUAUCAGGUCAGUUUUGUUCCAAUAAAACAGAAAAAAGAGGAAACAUCUGGAAACUAAGUUUGUUUUUGUUUUGAAAUAAGAACGAAAGCCUGUUCUGUUUGAAAACAGCAAGAAAUCAUUGAAUAUAAAAACAGAAGUUUGUUGUUUUAAAAUAUAAAUUACAUUGUAGUGUCAAUGUAUUGUAAAACAAAAAUAAGGUUUUGUUUAGAAGAUAAACUAGAGUGUGUUCUAUGAAUGGUUACCGAUACCAUCGUUUAAUGCUCGAUGGUGAGUUUACAGUAUUAAAUUUAUUUUAUUUUUUGUAAUAGCUAUUUAGAAAUUGUGUAAAAGUUUCAGGGAGAAUGGUGUGCCAUUACUUUUCGAAGAGUAUUAGAUUUGUUGUUUGAAAUCGGGGUUUGUUUGGAGCUGAGUUAUAAAAUGUUUAGUGGUUUAUGAAAUGGAAAAAUAUUCCAGUUAUUUUAAUUUACAUUUUUAGAUACUUUAUAGGAGUUUGAUUCUCUUACUGGAUUGCACUGGGAUAGUUUUUAAACUUAGAUUAGCACAAUGCUAAGUAGAUUAUAUUAUGAUUACUAAUCCAAGUUAGUUCAUUCUGGUUAGUGCAACCCAUUAGCAGUUAUUUUCAGAUUAUCUGUUAUCAAGUGAGCUGUGGCAUUGAUAUUAACUUGAAAAUAGUCAUUGAUUUAAGCUAAAGCUUAUUUAUUAUACAUUUAUUUAUAAUAAUAGUUUGUCAUUAUGUUAAUAAUGAUUUCCUCUGCUCUAUAUUACACCAUUCAUGUUACAACUUUAUGGCACACCGUUUGAUCAUGAAAAUCCAACAUCUGCUUCAAAUUUUGAUGAAUUUUCAUCUAUUAUUUGAAAAAAAGUUCAAUUAUUAGGUGUAUAUAUCAACUAACCAAUUUUCAACUGGAUUAGGGCUUAAAAAGUUUCAUAGCUGGCAGAAUAUUUAAAAUGUAUACUCUCAUAAGAUGUAUUUAUUUACAAAAAUAAAUGUUUCCUUCGUUCAACAGUAACGAAUUAGAACAAUAUUAUUUAUGUUCCAAUAAUAGAGCUUUUCUCUAUGAAAUAUUUCUAUUCUAGGCGCUUUUAUUAAUUUAAUUUAUUGUAUUUGUACACUAAACUUGUAUUCAUUUUUCACACCCUUUUGUAUUUCAUCUUCACAGUUAUUUUUUUAGCUGUUUUAUUUGUCAUACAUCGCCAUGAACAUAACAUCACAAAAGAAAGAUAUUCAUCAAAUUUAAGAAUGAAAAUUGUAAAUUAUUCAAAGAAUACUCAAGUCUUGCCAUUUAUAUUACAUAUACGGUCUUCCAAAGACAUGCUUCUACCUUAUGAAGGUAACCAGUUACUUCCCCAAUAAAUUAUUGCAUUAUAUGUAUUAUUUUUGCAAAAGGAUUUAUUAAUCCAUCAGAUAUGGUGUAGUUUAAAGAACUGUAGAUAGUUAUUGUUUAAAUACUAGUAAUUUUUUAACCGAUUCUAAAAAUAUUCUUCAACUAUAUUUCCCUAAACUAGUCUUUCCCACAACUAAGUUUCUUCCAAGUAUAUUUCCAUUCAUCAAUUGAAAAACGCAUAAAUGAAAAACUAUACUAUCUUUCCAUAUUUUUAUUCUGCAUUCAUGAAUUUAAGUGUAAGUCUCUAAGCUAAAUCUCUUCCAUUUGUUUGAAUUAUUUCUUAGCCGUUAAAUAUCAAAUUUUAUCAUAUCUUAUCAAUCCUAUAAGUUUUUUGAAACUCACAAAUGUCUUCGUUCAAUGAUACGAGUAUUAUCAAAUCUCUGUGUUUAAAAUCUAUUGAACAUUGCUUUUUGCAUUGUUUUAGAUGGCAUAAAACUAUUACUGAAAGGACUUCAUUUGACCAACAAUAAUAUUUAUAGAAUAUAUUCCACUUUUUAUCCUCCCUACAUCAUAGUUCUCAAUAUAUUUAUCCUCUCUUUAGAUAUUUCUAAUCGCCCAAACAUAGUCACAAACAAAAAUGAAAAACUUAAUAACUGAUUGAUUUAUUAAUUAAUUUUUGUCCUAUUUUAUCAACUUACUCUAUUGAGUGUGGAGUCAGAUCCCCAGGUCCUCUCUGUCACUCAACCAUAAAGCUUAAGAUCAGUUUUAAAGUAAUAAUAUUCUACAUUCGUUACUACAUUUCUUAAAAAAUUAUAGUACUCUAUUAAAAAGUGGAAUGUGUUUAAAAAUAAAUUAUUUUUUUUAUUCUCGUUUGAACGAAUUUCUUUCCACCAGUAGAUAGCCUUAUAGAAAUAGACUUAUCCUACUAUGAAAUGCAUUACUCCUGCAAUCGCACUGAUCUACAAUAUUAUCAUAGGUUAUAAUUUAAUUAACCACUUAAUGAUUUUUCCAACUAAGACUCCAUGGCAAAUACUCCAUUACAAGAUGUAAUACUUCAAUGCAAAUACACUGAUUAGUAGUUAUGUAUUUUAAUUAUAUUUUUUCCACGUAUUUAUAAUAAUUAUUUUCACAAUUUGUUUCACAAAUUUAGUUACUGUUAGUUGUGUGAAUAAGCACCCUGUUUGUAUAGUGUCUAUUAUUAGAAGAAUUUCUCUACUGUAUUUUAAUUGAGUUUGAGCUUCCAAUAUUAAAUAUUUCCAACCUUUCGCUAUGAAGAUUAUAAUAUUCCUGUUACUUUCUUUUGUACUCUGAAUAACUUUUUUAAAUCAAGACCCCUAUCCAAACUUAUCCUUGAAGAGCAAUCUUUUAAAUCAUUCUUCUCAAUUAAUUACAAAUCUGCAGGGCAAAAUGAGAAUACCAUUGGUUCAUCACAAUACAAGUCUUACAAUAUGUGAACACCACUUCUAUAAGAACUAAUGUUAUACUAUGCUGCUCAACAGAUCACAAAUUCAUUGGCAAAGCAGUUAAAACUGCUUUUAAACUUUGAAUAAUAUGAACUAACUUACAUUGACAUGCAAUUAUAUAAUAAUAUAAAUAUAUUUGAUCAACUUAGAACUACCCUCUGACUACUAGGAGUCUUUAAGAUACAUGCUAUUGAUAUUUCUAGAGUACAAUAGGUCUUGAAAAUUCAAAUGGGCAUUACUUCACUCAUAAAAUUUUCUUAAAACGCUUGACUGAAGGCUUUUUUCAAUUUUUUCAGAGUCAAUUCAGGUAACAUGAAUACUUCCUGUUUAAAUUCCUGUUUUUCAUUUGUUAUUAAUAUAAGUUUUGUACUUCCUAUGUCAGUUGUUCAACAAUGUAGUCUUCAUCUCAAUGAUAUUAUUAAGUUUAAUCUUCCAAUUUUUAACAUUUUUGUUUAAAUUAUAAUAGAAAUCUCCAAUGUUUUUAAUCAUGAAUUCAGUAUAGUAGGCUAUUAUUAUUAUUGAUAUUAUUUUUAAUUUUUACAGAAGUAGCGGUAAUCAUACGUUGCUAUGACAAACUAAAUAAUAUUCUGUUGAUAACAGUGUUGUGGUCGUUUAAAGAGUUUUGGAAUUAAUUUGUAGGUCAAUAAUAUUCCUAUAAAAUCAUUAAAUAUUUCAUACAGUAAUACUAAUAUCAGUGUGAGACCAAAAUAUGAUAUCCAUUUUGUUGGUUUGUACGAUAGAUAAUGAGAAUAGUUUUUAGAGUAAUAUAAUGCCAUAACUAUUGAUAAAAUAUAUAUAUUUUGGAUACAAUUAUCUUUUUAAUCGACUGACAGAGACAGAAUACGAGAGAUGACAAAAGUUAGAUUGUUAGGUUAGGUUAGCCUAUUGGGACAAUAGAUUGUUCUCGACCCCUCGCUUACUGGCCUUAUCCUUCAUGAUUAGAAUGAUUUUUUGUAGUCAUUGAAAUGAUUCUUGGAGUUUUUGAGAUCAUUUUUGGAGCCUGUAGAAUCAUUUUUGAGGACCUGUAAUUAUUUUAAAGUCUAGUGAUUUUUAUAGAGAACAGCAUUAUAUAACACGUCCUGUGAUUUUAAUGUAUUUCAGUAGUACGGAUUUUCAUCAAUUUUUCCCCACUUUGUUGAUUUUUUGUUACACGUCAAGCACCUAAAACAUUUAACGCUUCUAUUACUAUACUCAUUAAACAUUUAUUGCUUUUACUAAAUAAGAACUAGAUCACUGUAUUUUUUUUGUAAAUAAUAUACAGUAGUUCACAAGAUUUAACUAAGAUAUUGUUUGUAAAUAUACAUAAGUGUCAUCAUACGUAGUAGCUAGGAGUUAUUCAAAUACAGUAAUAUUAUUAUACACUAUUUUAUUAAUAUUAACUAUUAAUAUGUUGUAAUAAUACUCAAUUAUGUAAUGAAUUCAUUAAUUGUUGUAUGUAUAUAAUCCUCCCCUAUUACAUAAUAUUAUUAUUGUGUAUGAGCUCUAUGUAUUGAAAUACAUAUAAAUAAUAAUAUAUAAACAUUAUUGUAUAUAUUAUAAUAAGUUAUGAUGAGAUUGAAUUGAUCAACUGGUUAUGUAUGUAUUAUGUAAUUCUGCCGCUAACAAUUUUGAAUAUUAUUUGUAGAUAUUGAUAUUUUAGUUUUGUUUUAAUAAUUACACGGUUAUAGAUUUUUAAUUGUU